AUGAAGAUUGGUGUUGUUGGCUCGUGCUACGGCGAGUUGGACAGGGUUUAUGAAGCUGUCAGGAAACUCGCCAAACAGGGAAUCACCAUCGACCUAUUGAUCUGCUGUGGCGACUUCAUGUCCGUCCGCGAUGAGAAAGACAUGGAGCAUGUGGCAGCGCCAGCGCAUCAUAAAGAGGACCUGAAAGACUUUCCCAAGUAUUUCAGCGGCAGAAGUGAGGCUCCAGUGACCACUGUGUUCAUCGGAGGGAAGAAUGAAGCGUCAAACCUGCUUCGGGAACACUACUAUGGCGGCUGGGUUGCUCCUGGCAUUUAUUACAUGGGUGCUGCUGGCGUGCUGCGUGUUGGUUGUUUGCGCAUUGCAGGCAUCUCUGGAAGUUUUGCCUCAGGUGAUUACUUUCGAGGACGGCAUGAGUGUCCACCAUACACGGAGGAGUUCAAGCGGAGCGCCUUCCAUGCCCGGGAGUGGGAUGCUGCGCGCCUCGAGAAGUUGCAAGAGCCAGUGGAUGUGGUGAUCUCCUACGAUUGGCCACGAGGAAUCUGGAAGCACGGACCGUACCAGAAGAUCAUUGAGCAGCAGGACUUGGGAGAGAACCUCAAGCGAGAAAUGGAAGGUAAUACCUUGGGCAGUCCUGCGGCCAUGGAACUGAUGAAGAAGCUUCGGCCACCUUUUUGGUUUUCCGCCAGUUUGCAGGUGCGCUUUCCAGCCCUGGUGCCUCACGGUGAUGGCACUUUCACUCGCUUCUUGGCGCUGGAGCGCUGUAGAGGCGGCCGAGAAUUUUUGCAGGUCUUAGACAUCGAUCCCCGGACACCCUCGGCCAUGCGAAGUCUGCCAGCCCCAAAAUGGCAGCAGAAGCCUCCGGUGCCAGCUGUGGUGCCCUUGUGUUAUGAUGCCGAGUGGAUGGCCAUGCAAAAGGUCAACCAUGAGAACAUUUCCUUAAUUUGGCAUCCAGCGAAAUCCAGAGUCGUUGCCCCGGCGAAGGAGGAUCUCCUUUGGAUCCGGGAGCGCUUGAAGAAGAUCUGUGGCACCCAGCCGCGGCUGCCCGGUGGACGACAUCCCAACUUGACACCCACCAAGUUGCGGAAGAGCCGAGGGGCUGGGAGGCAAACCUUCCGGAACUUUUCCACGCUGCAGCUGAGAGAACUCUUUGAGAUUCGUGGCAUGGACUUCCCAGGGCAUUUGGACAAGGCCUCGCUGAUCCAACACCUGGAGGAUUUCGAUGCCUUGCACGGAGCUGAUGAGCAUCACAAGGACGCCGACGAAUCCUAUCCAAUAGCAACGGGUUUCAUCGCCAUGCCAGCCACACAGCGCGGCAAGAUACUUGAGAUACUGCAGUUGCCCGACAUUUGGAAGGUCCAAGAGGAGAACCGGCGGCAGCUGCUGCGCACGGCGCAGAUCGGUGCGGUGGACAUCGCCGGGAGCUCCGAAGUCUUCUCCAAAACAGAAGCUGCAUCCGAAGAUCCAGCGGCUGUAGGUGAGACAAAAGAUGACACCGCAGCUUCGGCUGAUCCAGGUGCUGUCACGGGCUGUUCGCCUUCGCCCAGCACACCCUCGGAAGAUGAUUUCACUGCUCCAGUGGCGCCAGUGGCGUCCAAGCAGGUCCCAGCUGGGAACAGCGAGCGAACCUCGCCGGAGCCGGAACCCGAGCCGCGGAAGCUGUUGACCGCGGGCAGCGAAGGAGAUGCAGCGGAGCUGAUGCUGGAAAUGGCGAUGGAGGAAGGAGAUCCACAAGAUCCACAAGAUGAUGAAGCACCAGAAGCAGAAGUGGAUGUGGAGCAUGGUGAUGUGGAUCCCUUGGAUCCCUUGGAUCCUUUGGAUCCAGAUCCCUUGGAUCCAGAGGUGAACGCCGAGGCGGAACACCUGGCCUUGGAGCAGGACCUGGAGACUUUGGAGGCGGAACUGGCCAUGGCCGAGCAACUGCUGAGAGACCCGCAGGAUCCGCAGGAUCCGCAGCUGCCAGCAGAUUCCGUAGCCUCGAUGCCAGUGGUAUCGGUCACUGAUUUGCCAGAGUCACCAGAGGCUGGCCAUGAUCCUGGCAGCGUGGAGGAAGCGGCACAGCUGCUGGUGCAAGCGGUGAUGGGACUCAGCGAUUUGGAGGUUGAGGCUGAAGACUUCGCAGAUAUUGAGACUGGGGAGCUGCAGGACAUCGAUGGCGGCGAAGUCCAAGUGGAUGAUGAGCUCUUUCAGCAGGAGGCAGCCGAGGAGGUUUCUGGAUUCGCAGCACUUGCCCUAGCAGUGGAGGAGGCUGAACGAGAAGAAGCAGAGGCAGCACCUCUCAAAGUGCCGCACCCCUCUCCAGACCCCGCAAGCGACGCCGCUUUUGACGCCGAAGCGAUGAUUUGCCGUGCGCAACUUCUCACUGGCACCCCGACGACCCAGGGCGCUACGGGAAAAAAAAAGUUGUGCCAAGGCCACGAUGAGAUGGCUGGCAGGGCCCGAGCCAUGUCAGCUUCGGCAUCGAGGCCUCACGCUGAAGAGGUCGAAAUGGGUGAAGCCUCCAGGCACCAGGACUCUGGGGCUGCGCGUUCAAGUUCUUCUUCGGCGCCGCUGAGACCAGGUCUUCGGGUACGACUCCAAGGUUUAGAAAGACGAGCGGAGUUGAACGGAAGCCAAGGGCAUCUUUCUGCCUUCAAUUCUCAGACCGGUCGCUGGGAGCUGACACUACAGGGCGGAAAAGGCAGCAUCCGCGUGCGGCCAGAGAAUGUUGUACCGUUGGAGAGCGCUGCACAUGUUGAGGCCGACAUUCCGGAGGAGUUCAGAUGUGUCAUCACGAGGGAGUUGAUGGAACGCCCAGUGAUCACCUCCGAUGGUCAUACAUAUGAGCGAUCCGCAAUCGCCAAAUGGUUGGAGGAGCACAACACCUCCCCGAAAACCGGGCGAGAGCUACCUGACAAGGUUUUGAAGCCGAACCAUGCUCUUCGAGCUCAGAUUAUGGCCUUCCGGGACCUAAUGGACGAAGAGGGUGGGACUGAGCCCGAUGAGCCCGGGCAUCAACGCAAAGCGUCCCAGACCAUCAGAGAAGAGUUCUUGAAAUCGCUGGAGGUCAAGGCAAAAGAUGUCAGUGAUUUCCUACAUCUUCCACAGCGCUAUGGCGAUGGCCGCGCCCAUCCCAAGUGGUUGGCGGCACGGAAGAAUCGCCUCACGGCCUCUCGCUUUGCCUGCGCCUGCGCUGCUCGUGGAGCGCGGAAGAAUCGAAAGGCGGCAGUGCUGGAGAUGCUUACAUUGCCCGAAGGCCGACCGAAGCAGGCCGAGAAGUUCGGGGUGAGAAACGAGGAGGUCGCCAUAAAAGCUUACGUGGCGUGGCGAAAAGAAGAAGCAGAGAAAGGUGAUCCAACCAGAGCACUGAACCUACAGAUCCAGGCCUUGGGCAUUUGCAUUUGGGCAGACCAACCCUGGUUGGCCGCUUCCCCCGAUGGGCUGUGUGUUUUAGACGGCAUGCCAGAAGGCCUCCUGGAAAUCAAGACUUCUCCAUCCUGGGACGAGCUGUUCGAGGGCGAAGUGCCUGUGGAUUGGACAUACCAGGUGAAUGGCUGCAUGAAAGUUGCUUCCGAAGCCUUAGGGCAGCCACUGCAGUGGUGUGAUUUGUUCCUUUGGACCCCAAGGCGACAGACAUGUCAGCGAGUGCUUUUCGAUGAAGACUUGUGGGAGAGAGCCAUGUUUCCCGAGCUUCGCCAUUUCUUCUUCGAGUUCUUCCUCCCAGAGGCGCUGGAGCGCGAGCGUCAACGGAGGCAGCGCCACGCCAAGCAGCAACGGAAGACCGAGUCGCGGGGCUUGCCACCGUUGCCACCCUGGGAGCCGGAGUCGCAGGCCAGAUAUGCUGCAGCAGCGGUGACGACAGAUGAGGACUGGCUUGGGGAGUCGGGACGUUGGAUUUUUAUUCACAAUGUGGAUUCCUACAUUGGUCGAGCUCUGGUGAAGGAGCUCAGAAGGGCAGAUGGGGGUCUCAAUCGCAUCUUCGGCACCUCCGCGGGCGAAGCGCCGGCCGCGGUGAAGCGGAUCGUGUGUCGGGAUGAUCCAAAGAAGGCGAAGAAGAUGGCGGAAACCAUGCAGUCAUGCAGACUUGUGGUCAUUAGCCUUUUCGACUGCACGUUGGAUGACCUGCACUUUGCCAUCAGUGCCCUAAAAGUGGACCCGAAGGCGAACCCACCCAAAGUGCUUGGAGAAUUGGAGAGCGAGUGCAUCUUCAUGGUGAUUUCUUCAGUCAUGGUGUGGUCAGCAACCAAGCCAGAGACACCUGGAGCUGCUAUCAAGGACAGCGACUACCUUCGUCGAGCUCCCAAAGUUGGCUCGAAAUUUGAGCAGUGGAAGGAGAUGGAGGAUCUGGUCUUCAGCUGCUUCAAUCGUGAAGCAUCACAGGUAAAAGCCUUCGUAGUGGCUGGAGGUCUCCUCUAUGGCGAGGGCGAGCAGAUCUUUGCAGAUCUCUUCAAGGACGCAUGGCGAGGGGUGCAGUCCCAUGCCAUCGUCAGCCCCGGCGUCAACAAGGUGCCGACAGUCCACGUUCGCGACAUGGCUCGACUUGUGCGGCAAGUCAGCCUUACUGCCGAGAGCAUCAACCCUUUGGAGACACCACCAUAUUUUCUUGCAGUGGAUCAGCCGCCCUCACAGCCACCGGUGUCCACUCAGAAAGACCUGGUUCAGGGCAUAGUGGAUGAGAUGGGAGAACACUAUCAGGUCCCACGUGUCUCGUACGAUGAGGCCAUGUCAGUGGCUGAGUUGCAGGAGGUGCGGGAAGCCUUGACGUUGGACCUGUGGAUGGAACCAUCUACCCUAGCCCUGAACGAGGACUUCUGUGCAAACUCCGACCCUCCGGGAUGGAUCUGCAAGAACGGCCUUUUGGCAAACCUGCGUAGCAUGGCCGACGAAUUCUGUGCGGGGAAAAAACUCCGAUGCAUGAGGAUCAUCAUCGCUGGGCCUCCAGCCUCGGGCAAAUCGAACUUGGCCAAGGCGGUGGCAGAGCACUUCAAGGUGCCAUAUUUGUCCUUUCCAGUACCAGCACAAAGCAGCGAUAUCGAGAAGAUGGCAACACAGAUCACCUCCAACGUGAUUCGCUAUAGAGGUUACGUCCUGGAUGCAGGCGGCAUCGGCUUCGCGGAGGCGGAGAAGCUCUUCCGCUUCGACGUGGAGGUGCCCAGGUCGGAGGAGGAGGAACCCCCACCAGACGGCGAGGAGGUGGAACCAACUCCUCCGAAGAUGGAACGACGGCUGAAUGAGGAGACGUGUCCAGCCUACGUGCUCCUGCCCUGGUGGCGAAAUGGUGAGACGGGCAAGGGCAAGUGGCAAAAUGCUGGCGGCGCAUCCUUGGAAGUGUUCGAGCAGUCAAUGCAGGCCUACAUCGAGAGCAAUCUGACCAGCAACAUCCACAGCCUCCAAGACUUUUUUCAGGACGUUGCCAAUAAAGGCGUCCUAAACCUGCCGAUUGCUGGAAAGGAUGAGGAGGACCUCUUCGAAAGUGCCAGGAUCUACAUCGAGAGUUCGGGGCGACCCUUCAACUACCUCCCCACGGAGGCUGAGGUGUCCCAAGAGAUCCGCCAGCGGCGUGCCGAGAAGCAGGAACUCCAGGAGGCCAUGGCAGCCUCCACGAAGGAUGCAGAUGACCAUGAAGCAAAACAGCGAAGAGAGGAGCAGCGACACGAGAUGCGACUGCAGAUGGUGGCAGAGCAUCAGGUGCAGAUGGUAAAGUGCUAUAGCUGCUAUGCGAAGUCAUGGAACCAUCAAGAUGAUGUCAUGGGAUUUAUGUCCCAGGAUCCUGAUUUCUUGUGA